CGGAAAGCGCGCGGCGGCGGCGGCAGCGCGGCCGGCGCGGGUAGGGAAAGCGGGGGGCGGAGACCGCCCCGGCGGCGUUGGCUGCGGUGGGGCACCUCGCUGGUACCGCCGCCUUUGGUGCUCUUCCGGAAGGGUCCGGGGCAGGAGCGGCGCCGGGCUCUGGCAGAGCGGCCGCGGGGUCCCCAGCCAGCCUCCGACUAGGGAAGUCAUUGCAGGGCCGUCCCCAUGUUGCGUUUCCCGACCUGUUUCCCAUCCUUCCGGGUGGUGGGAGAGAAGCAGUUGCCGCAGGAGAUCAUCUUCCUGGUCUGGUCACCCAAGCGGGAUCUCAUUGCUUUGGCCAACACCGCGGGCGAGGUUUUACUUCAUCGACUUGCAAGUUUUCAUCGAGUUUGGAGUUUUCCACCAAAUGAAAAUACAGGAAAGGAAGUGACCUGUCUGGCUUGGAGACCAGAUGGCAAACUUUUGGCCUUUGCCCUUGCUGAUACCAAGAAAAUUGUGUUGUGUGAUGUAGAAAAACCUGAAAGCUUGCACUCUUUUUCUGUGGAGGCCCCAGUUUCUUGUAUGCAUUGGAUGGAAGUGACUGUUGAGAGCAGUGUUCUAACGUCCUUUUAUAAUUCUGAGGAUGAAUCAAAUCUUCUCUUACCUAAACUUCCUACAUUGCCGAAAAAUUAUAGCAACACCUCAAAAAUAUUUAGUGAAGAAAAUUCGGAUGAAAUUAUUAAGCUUUUGGGAGACGUCAGGCUUAAUAUUCUUGUCCUUGGAGGAAGCUCUGGUUUUAUUGAGCUUUAUGCUUACGGAAUGUUCAAAAUUGCUCGAGUCACUGGGAUUGUCGGUACUUGUCUUGCGUUAUGUCUGUCAAGUGAUUUGAAGUCAUUGUCAGUGGUCACAGAAGUUUCUGCCAGUGGUGCUUCAGAAGUUUCAUAUUUUCAGCUUGAAACCAAUCUAUUGUACUCUUUCUUACCUGAAGUAACUCGAAUGGCCAGAAAGUUUACUCACAUUUCAGCUCUUUUACAGUAUAUAAAUUUGUCACUGACAUGUAUGUGUGAAGCCUGGGAAGAAAUACUGAUGCAGAUGGAUUCUCGUCUUACCAAGUUCGUCCAGGAAAAGAACACAACCACAUCAGUGCAAGAUGAAUUCAUGGACUUGUUGUUGUGGGGGAAAGCAAGUGCUGAACUUCAGACCCUCUUAAUGAACCAGUUAACAGUAAAGGGCUUAAAGAAGCUUGGCCAGUCUAUAGAGUCAUCAUACUCCAGUAUACAGAAAUUGGUUAUAAGUCACUUACAGAGUGGCUCAGAGUCUUUAUUAUACCAUUUGAGUGAACUGAAAGGAAUGGCUUCAUGGAAGCAAAAAUAUGAACCUCUUGGACUAGAUGCUGCAGGAAUUGAAGAUGCUAUUACUGCAGUAGGUUCUUUUAUACUCAAGGCAAAUGAACUUCUUCAAGUUAUAGAUAGCAGUAUGAAAAACUUCAAAGCAUUUUUUCGGUGGUUGUAUGUGGCAAUGUUGAGAAUGACAGAAGACCAUGUACUUCCCGAACUGAACAAGAUGACUCAGAAAGAUAUCACAUUCGUUGCUGAAUUUCUUACUGAACAUUUCAAUGAGGCUCCAGAUCUUUAUAAUCGGAAAGGAAAAUACUUUAACGUUGAAAAAGUUGGUCAGUACUUGAAAGAUGAAGAUGAUGAUCUUGUGUCACCCCCUAACACAGAGGGAAACCAGUGGUAUGACUUUCUUCAGAACAGCAGCCACCUUAAAGAAAGUCCUUUGCUGUUUCCUUAUUAUCCUCGAAAAUCAUUGCAUUUUGUGAAAAGGCGGAUGGAGAACAUUAUUGAUCAGUGCUUGCAAAAGCCAGCAGAUGUAAUUGGAAAAUCAAUGAAUCAAGCAGUAUGUAUUCCAUUAUAUAAAGAUAGUAGAAGUGAGGACUCCACACGUAGACUGUUCAAAUUCCCCUUUCUGUGGAAUAAUAAAACCUCAAAUCUACAUUAUCUUCUUUUUACUAUUUUAGAAGAUUCACUUUACAAAAUGUGCAUCUUAAGGAGACAUACUGAUAUUUCCCAAUCUGUAAGUAAUGGACUAAUUGCUGUUAAAUUUGGGAGCUUCACAUAUGCCACAACUGAAAAAGUGAGAAGAAGCACCUACAGUUGUUUAGAUGCCCAGUUUUAUGAUGAUGAAACAGUCACAGUAGUUCUUAAAGACACUGUAGGACGUGAAGGAAGAGAUAGACUCUUGGUGCAGCUGCCAUUGUCUUCAGUGUACAGCAGUGAGGAUUCUGCAGAAUAUCAAUUCACUGGGACUUACUCUACGAGGCUAGAUGAGCAGCGUAGUGCUAUCCCCACCCGUACCAUGCACUUUGAGAAGCACUGGAGAUUACUGGAAAGUAUGAAGGCACAGUAUGUUGCUGGAAAUGGUUUUCGAAAGGUGUCCUGUGUGUUAAGCUCAAAUCUCCGUCAUGUGAGAGUGUUUGAAAUGGACAUAGAUGAUGAGUGGGAGCUUGAUGAGUCUUCGGAUGAAGAGGAGGAGGCUGGUAACAAGCCUGCGAAAGUGAAGGAAGAGGUGCUGUCCGAGUCGGAAGCAGAGGCCCAGCAAGCCGGUGCUGCCGCUGCAGCUCCAGAGAUGGCUGCUGAAGUAGGAAGCGAGACCCCAAGCUAGACUCAUGAUGUGGCUUGCUGUUAUUUUUAUGUUCUCAUGUCAGGAAGGACAUAGACGGUGAUCGAAGAUGUGUUGAACCACUUAAUUUUCUUUACAAAAUAAACAGUGAAUUUUCCUUGA